AAUUCAUAUUUAGUACAGUAGCUAACUAAAUGUUACUAGUGUUAGACACUGACGAGCCUGCAGGGAUGAAGAGGACAAGAGUUGAACAGAGACUUACAGAGCGGUAAAGAUCUAGGGGUAAAGAGAGGAGUAUGUUGGUUGUUGCAUACACAGAAUAUUUUUCACAGGGAAAAAGAUAAGCGAAGAUGCAGGAGAGGGAGCACCAAGUAGCAUUUGUUGUGGACUCAGUUUGUGAAGGCAUGACUUUUAAUGUAAAGAAAAGGGCAAUCAUUAAAGUAUCAUUAGUUGUGACUUCAGCAAAUCAGAUUUUCUCUCCUCUACUUAUACUGGGUGGAAUAUCAUUAUAAAGCACAGAAAAAAGAGAGAAGAAGGAGAGGAAAGCAGAGCAGCUCUGGCUCUGAGCUCUUUUGCAUGAUCGUCCAUGGUUAUUAGUGAGAACCUGAAUAGAAAUACUCAUCUAGUUGAAUGGAUAUAUCAGCUUCACAAUACAAUAGUGCGAGUGAAUCUGGUUGGACCCAUUACUUGGACCAGUCCUUUGUUUCUGGAAAUUACUUUCAGAUGAGUGGUGGAGUUGUAGAGGAUGAAGAAGAUUUGUCCAUGGUCUCUGAUGCUUCUUCUGGGCCUCCACACUACCAUGAUGAUGAUGGUGAUGGUGAUGAGUGCUGCUAUGAAAAUUGGUAUGCCUGUCAUUCUUCCUCCCAACACUCCAAGAAUUCCAAAGAGAAGAUGAAGAAGAAGAAGGUGAAAGAAUCUAGCAAGCAUCAACAGGCUUCACACCUUGAUGAUGACACUGCUAGCUCCCCUGUUUUCGGCUGUUCCAAGAAGAAAGCCAAUUACCCAGGGAAUGGAAUGCUGGAGAACGCAAUGGAAUUCUCUCAAAGUUUUUCUGCAACAAGAAUAACGGUAGCACAUGCAGUUCCAUUAUUGAUUUCUUCAUUUCACUUUGUGUUUCCCACCUGACCCACUUUCGGAGUUUAUAAUGUUGAGGAAAAUAUGUCGGCAGGUAAAGCCUAAAUCCAGAAGCACUUCAGUUUCUUUGAGCGCUCUCUUGCUGGAAAACAAGCUUCAGGAGAAUCAGGUGGAUUCAGUGAAGAAAAAAGGAGAUGAAUGUUUCUUCUUCAGGAAUUUUUCUCUGCUGCUGCGUUGCUGUCAAAAGACACUCUAGAGGACGUCAAAGGAGGAGCUUCUCAACGUCAAAAGGAACUCCUGUGUUACUCUUUUCCCCUGUUUCUACCCCAAAAAAAUAAUAAGAAAAAUUAGUUUGGUGUAGUAUAGUCUUUUCAAUGGGCCAUUGAUGCUGCUAAUGCGGUAAAAAGACAAAAGUGAGAAUAUAAAAACCAAAUUGAGGGCUCUAACUUUUAUUUUCAAUUCCGCUGUUGUCAUUGGUGGCAAGUUCAUUGUUUUCGCUAUUAGUUCAACCCAUGAUUCUCUAAAAGCCACAGCUGAAUGGACAAAACAUGGAAGAUUCGAAUAAUAUGAAGCUUUUCGAAAUGUAUUAUUUUUGUGAGACGGGAACGUCACCACGAAGCAUAUGGCAGAAACCCAAAGGGCUGAUGAGAAGAAGUGGCCCACUUUAUUAAGUUCCAGCCUAGCUCAAAGUGCUUUGAGAUGGUAAAUAUGGUAAGGGGAAGGGUUGGAGAUAGUUAAUGAGACCCACACAAAAGCUUCGUUUUCAGCCUAAAAGUGCAACCCCACCACCAUCUGAUAGCAAUCCACACACAAUUUGAUCCAUUCGUGACACUGCUUGAAUUAUUAGUUUUGUUUUUGGUUGCAACUGCAUAUCCAACUAGAAUUGUUAUUGCAAGUGUUUUCUAUCACCAAAGAACUUGGAUGAUAAACGGACAGUGAAUCCUUCUUUCUUGUUCA